UUUAAAUAUUAAAUAUGAAAGGAAUGCUUCAUACAUUACAGAAGAGAGGAUCAAUGAUAUUGAUAGAGCCGUAAAUUAUGAUAAUUGAAUAAUUAGUAUCAAUGAUGGAAUGGAAAAAGUAUAAGAAAGACAUUAGAUGGUAUAAAAUUAUGUGGAUUAAGUAGAUUAAAGAACUGUAAUAGCAAUAGAAAGAGAAGUAAAUUUAAAUUUAAAUUUAGGAAGAAAGAGUGAAUCAACGGUAUUUUCAUUUAAUGAAUCAAUUGGAGAGGUUAAUGUUUUAGAUUUAAAAGCUUGAAGAGAAAAAGUAGCAAUAAAAAGAGUAUUUUAGUUAGUUUUAUUAGUCUUGAUAAUCAUCCAGCAGUUAAAGAAAUGGUUUAUGAAUUACAUAAAUUAUAAAAAUAUGAAAAAGCUUUAUAAGAGAAUCAUACAAAAAUGGUGGAGCAAAUAAAACUAAAUAAUUUAACAAUAUAGUAAUUAAAGUAAACAGUAUAUUAAAAACGAAUUGAAAUAAGAGAUAUUGUAAGAGAUUCUUUUAGACUAUAAGAAGAAAUGAUUAAAGUAAAGUAGGUAAAAUAAGCAAACUCAAGUAUUUUUAUAUUUGCUAAACAGUUGCUAGAGAUAGUGCAGAUAUGUUUUUUACAAUGCCAGCCACAAAUAUUCCUAAACCUACAAAUCUUCCUAAUAUUCCUUUAAAACAUAAGUCAAAAAGUACUUUGUUAAAUAUAAUGAAAAAUGCACAAUCUAUUAAUUAAUAAGAGGUAUUUAUAUUUUAUUAUUACAGAAAAUAAAUGAUAUAGUAACUGUUUAUAAUAAAGUUUAAUAAUUAAGAAAGAAAGCAUCUUCAUCAACAUUAAUAAUUUAGUAAGUUACAAAUAAGUAUAGCUAAAUAAAAAAAUUAAUGAAUGAAUGUGCUAUGAUUUCAAUUUAGAAUUUCAAAAAUAAAUAAAAAAUUACAAAUAAAAAUGGAUAUGCAAAUUCAAUAUAUUUUGAUAUGAGCACACUAAAUAUGAGCAAAAAUGAAAGUAGUAUCAUAAAAGAGAGAAAAAUAUAAAAUAUUUUAUAUGAUACAUUAUAGUAAAUAAUGAUUGAUCUAAUUGAUUCACGAUAGAAAACAGAUUUGAAUGGAUCAUCUAUUGCAGAUUCAAUGUAUUUUGAAUAUUUUUAUAAUAGAAUACGAAAUUCUGUAUCUUAAGAAUAAUUCAUGUAAUUUACCUCUGUUUAGAUCUUAGGAUUGUUAGCAUUAUAACCAAGAUUAUUAACAGAAUUGAUAGGAAUAUUUGAAUUGAAAUAGAAAUAGUUAGGAUAACUUUGUAAUAGGACAAGAUAAUUAUAAAAAUAAUUGGGCUCUUAAUGA